AGGCUAGCGCGAGCAGUCCUGCCACGAGCCGAGCAGCACCCGAGGCCGCCGCCGCGCGGCGCCGCCAUUUCCCGCUCUCGCCCUCACAGCCGGCCUCUUUCCGGGAGGAGGCGGGGACCGGCACGGCACGGCACGGCACGGCCCGGCCCGGCCACAGACGGCGUGGGGGAAGGGCGCGGCCCGGCCAUGCAGCCGGAACGGGGCGGCGGCGGCAGUCGGCCCCGGCCAAGCCGGCACAGCCGGAGACGGCCCAGCGGCGCGGAGAAGGCGGCCGAACCGGCGACCGAAGGCAGCGGCGCGGACGGCCACCGCCGAGGAGGAACCGGAGGCCGCGGGAGAGGCGGCGCUCACGGACACCGAGGAGGCGGGGGCCGGGAGAAGCGAGAGCCUCGGGGCCGCAGAGCAGCGCCGCCACCAGCCGAGCACCACCACCGGCGGGUAGAGGAUGAUGGUGAUAAUGAAUCACGAGAAGAAGAAGAGAAAGAGGAAGUGAAAAACUACUCAAGAAGAAAGAUUGUUUCAAACUGGAACCGCUAUGAGGAUGCAGAAAAAGAGGGACAGAGAGAAUGUGGAGAAUCACAGAGAGGAACAGACUUCAGUGUUUUGCUGAGCUCGGCUGGAGAUUCCUUUACGCAGUUUCGAUUUGCUGAAGAGAAAGAUUGGGAUACAGAAAAUGUAUACUGUAAGCAGUUAUCUACGCUUUCUGUUGACUGCCAGUCUUUGGCCCAGGCCCUUCAGGAAUUGCCUCUACAUCUGAGGUUGAAUGUAGCUGCUGAACUUGUGCAGGCAUCAACACCCAUAGAGCUUCCACAGAUGAAAUCUAAAGUUGUUGAAGACAACAAGAGGAGAGAGCUAUUUCAACAGUCUUUGCCUCAAAGGGAAAUGGCGUUCGUCUCCCAGCCUGUUGGUCAUUCUGUUGCUUCAUCGGAGCCUGGAACUAAACAUGGUCCUGUGACAAGUGCAGCAGAACCAUUUCAGAGGGCCCAUCUGCUGCCAAAGCAAGAGACUGACCAUUUGGAUGAAGAACUGGAUCGUCUCCUAAAUCUAGAUGCUCCCAUUGAUUCUGUGUCAGGUGCAUUACCCUACAACAUAUCAACAGAGAAAGAUCUGAAAAUGGAGAGUAAGGAAAAUGACCCUCCAAGAGCAGAUUUGCCAGAAGAGAAAAGUGCAGCACCACAGCAAGAGCAGAAUACAUCCAAAAUUGUUACUGAGGAAGAGCUUGAGGAUUGGCUGGACAGCAUGAUUUCCUGAAACCAAUUUUCCUGCUCUAAAUUGCAACAGUAAGCAGUUACUGUGCAGUUUUUAAUUUACAGUGAAUGACAGGAUCCCACAUGCCAGUCAAAUGAUCCAGUAUAGUAAGAGAAGCUUGGAGGCUGUAGAUUGGUAAAACUAUGGAUACUAAAGGAAACCUGACUCAUAGGAUAAAAGGAGACAGAAGGGGCUGAUGUGCCUUCAGAUCCUUUCACUAAGCUAGCUCAUGUAGAGCAAGCACUUUAAAGAUAACCAACAGCUCAGAGUAUAGGAGGGGAAACCAGAAAGGAAUGGAAGUAUUCCUCUGUCUUAGGACACACAACAGUGUGUGCUUCUAAAUUACUGUUGAGCUGAAAGGUAUGGUUAUAAUAAUUCCAAUAGUAAAAUAUACUUACAGGUAGUUUGCCAAGUUGUGUUCCUGCAGAGUAUGUGUUUCAAAGCCAUGUGGGGUUGUGUCAAAAUAGUCGUUGCCAAUUCCACAAAUAAAGCAUUUGGUCUGGAAACACAAUUUGCGUUUACAAAUCAAUUAUGACUCAAAUACUCAAUUAUAGCUGUAAAAAUCUAGAUUAGUAAGAGAAAUGAAAAAAUGUACUGUUCUUCUCAUACCUCCAUAUCUUCUCUCACUUGUUCUUGCUGGUCUCUUAAUUCACCAAAAGCAUCAAUAAUCAGACCUAUUUCAAACAGAUAGGUUACAACAGUUAAGUAAAGUACUUAGCAAUAUUUCUAUUUCAAGUAGAGGAAAAAAAUAGCUCUGAUAGACAUCCUCCAUUCUAUUUCAAGUUUGGCAUACUUCUGUCUAGGUUGAAUAAUUCCAUUUCGAAUGUAUCAAUUUGCAGCCGUCUCCUAUUCAUUUAUACUGCACUCUCAGCAGUGAGAAUUUCUCUUACUUUCUCUUAAGGAAAACUUUUUGUUGAGUGAAGGAGAAUUGGCUCCCACCCUCCAAUCAGUUUGUGAUGCUGCUUCACAUUUCAAGCAUUAUUCCUUCACUUCCAGUGCAUUAAGAAUAAAGUUAGGUCAUUUGAGGUACUGCAACAUUUGUAAUGUCUAAAAAAUGUAGACAAUUUACAGUUUUUCUUUGCCACUAGACUGCCUGAAAACUGUUUUACUUUUUUUUCCUGCAACCUUAGGACAGUUUAUACAAUGAGUAUUCAACACUGACAGUCAUUCAAUAUACAUCUCAUUCUCUGCAAGCCACAAGUGCAAAGAAAUUAGAACUGCAAAUCAUCCUCUGAAGAAGGGAGGAAAUGGGUAUGUGGCCAUGAUGCCUUGUCAGAGAAAAAACCCAAGAGGAAUAACUAGCUCCAAAGUAAUGCUGUGAAAAGAGCCUACAGUAAGGCUCUCUAAGUUUAAAUGGUAUUUUUAGCAGGAAGAGUGAUUCUCCACAAGCUAUGUCAUUGCUGGAGAGCUGUCAAGAUAUUCAUAAAUGCUGUAAUCCAGAAUUUGCGGAAGAAGUUGAACGCCACAACAGUGUAAAGAUACACUACUACAGCCAGGAGUCCUACAGUAAGCACAAGCUGUACAUGGAGACAUGACGUGAAUGUAAACAUACUUACGUUAUCAGUGAAAACAACACCGAGCUUCCAAAUGUGGUACUUUGUGUCAAUGGAACUUAACCUAGGAAAUACCAGAUUUGAAAUAGGGAAGCUACAACAACAUACAGUUUGUCUGUAAAGAUCUGAAGUCAUACCAUGAUACAAGAGAUGCUGCUUCUGGUUCACUCUCUUCCACUGGACUAAAAUCAAGGGCGUUUUUGUCCAAACCCAGAAGUUCUGCUAUACGCUCUGCUCCGUACAAGUCUCCAUACUUGUUAAUAACCUAAAAAUGGAAGGAAAGAGGCUUCUGGUCAGAGAAAGGCUUUGUUAACUUUUACUCUACCUUAUAUGCACAGCUGUUAGAAAGUUUAAAAACAAACAAACAAACAAAAAAAAAAACAACCCCAACCUCUACACACACACACACACAAAAAAACCCACUCUUUCACAAUUAACAUUAC